GUCGACAAUCUUUUCCGCCAUUGUUAUGCGGAAUCUCGAAUUCCCAUUUCAUAGACAACACCCUAAUUUAUGGGUUAUUUUUAGCUCAAGAGGGAUUUCAUAUGCAGUUUUGCCUCCUGGGAUUUUGCGUACGAAAGAGUGGAAAUCAGGUGUUUUGGAGGUAUACAUGCAAUGUGGUGAUAUUCUAAAGGGUAGUGUGGAGGAGCUACCAUUUUAG